AUGACUCAAGCCGAGGACACCCAUGAGAUAUACAAGACGGCAAACAACACACCAAGUGGCAGUAGAAGAUCAAGCCGUGAACGCGAUACGAGUGAUUCGGUGGUGGCGAUUAUGGAUCACCACAACAACAACGAGCAACAACAACAGCAGCAUGGUAUAAAGUACCACGGGCAUGGCGCUUUCAUCUCGAUCCUGGUACUUCAAGUGAUCAUUGUAUGCGUGCUGGAAGGACUUGAGAUACAACAGGCAAUGAUUGGAAUGAGCAACGACUGCACCAUGACACUUGAUGUGAUUGGAAUGUCCCAAGUGGGUCUUGUUUACAGAGGACUUGUCAUGGCUGCCACCUUUUAUCAACUCAUGUUUGGAUUGGAUACGAUUCAACAACAAAGCACCAUUCAUCUUUGGAUGCUAUUCAUCAAUGGUCUAUUGUUCAUCAUCUUUGUGGGAAUCCAAAUCAUUCAAAACUCAAAAUGGGAAACAAUGAUGCAGGAAAUGGGUUGUGGAACAGCAUCCUUGAGCCAUCCUCAUUACGAUCAUGCAUUACUUGCAGUGGUGGCCUUUCUCUACCUUGUGCUCGUGGGUUGCAGCAUCUGGAUGCGUCGUCGCAUGUUUACUACGACGACAGCAGCAAGUGGCGCAAAGAAUCAAAAGAUAAAAGAAACCAUUGCAUCGAUUACUCUUAUGGCGUUUAUCAAACUCGACGUUUAUUACUUGCAUUGCUAUGCUGUUCAACUCAUACCCGCCAUGGUAUUGGAUGAUGAACGAAACGUGAUCCCUGUCGAGUUAGUGCUUGUGCCUAUGCUUGGGAUAUUGAUGCUUUCCAUGACCUGGUACAGUGUUCAAAACAAAAAGCCAUGGCUGCUGCUCACUCUUGCAUUGCUGAUCGGCUUGGCUCUUGGUUACCUUGGUUAUCGUACGGCUAUAUUUGCACAACCCCAUCCAAUAGACAACGAUCCAUAUCAUAUCACUCGCCAAAGCUUACUCUUCACUACGUUGACACUCUUCUUGCUGAUGCUGCUUUCCAUGGGUGUUAUUCUUGUAUUGAUUCGAUGCUUGUUGCGAGGCACAACACUGUUUUGGAGAUAA